AUGGGUUACUGGUGUGAUAAAUGGGCACAGAAGAUCAGAGAGAAAGAUUUCAUAGAAUGGAGACAUGUUGGAACCAGCCAGAAUCCAGCGGACAUCGGCAGCAGAGGCUGUGAUGGAGACAAGUUACCCAGGCUGUGGUUGGAAGGACCGGAAUGGUUGUCAGAUCUCGAGCGCUGGCCACCUCAUCUACUCACAGAACCAACGGAGGAAACGGAAGCAGAAGCGAAGUUAACUAAGGAACUCUUCCGGACUGCUGUAGAAACAAAAAACGAGCUAGAUAACAUCUUAGAGAAGCACAACUACUGGACAACAAUCCGAGUAACAGCAUGGAUCAGGCGCUUCCUGGAUAACUGCAGGUUGAGCAAAGAAGCACGAACCCGAGGUCCUUUGACAACGGCUGAGACUGAUAAGCAAGCACAGUGGUGGUUCAGGAGAGCACAAGAAAGCUACAGUGGAACAGAAUAUUUCAAGCAAGACCAGUUAAGACUCAACUUGCAGAAGAAUGGUUUGGGGCUGUACGAGUGUCGUGGUAGAAUACAAGGAAGCUAUCCAAUUUACCUUCCUCCAGAUGCCCCGUUGUCAGAGAAGUUAACCCAGGACGCACAUAUCAUGACGUUACACGGGGGAGUUGGUCUCACUAUGGCUUUUAUCAGGGGCGAGUUUUGGAUACCCCGGCUGAGAAGUUUAACAAAAAGGGCAAUUAAAAGUUGUUUUGGAUGCAAAAAGUUCCAAGCCGCAGCAUUUCAAAAACCACCUCCUGGAAACCUUCCAAAUGACCGUACCUCUGGCUCAGUUCCAUUCCAAGUAGUGGGCGUCGAUUACGCCGGUCCAAUUUCUUAUAAAAUCGGCAAGAAAAGAGGAGACGGGAAAGCCUAUAUUUUGCUGUUUGCAUGUAGUCUCACGAGGGCCAUCCACUUGGAGCUGUUGACUAACCAAACAGCUGAGGAAUUCGUCAAAAGCUUCAAGCGCUUCAUAGCAAGAAGGGGCAGGCCACAAAGAGUGUACUCCGACAACGGGAGAAGUUUCGUUGCGGUUUCAAAGUGGUUAAAAAGGAUCAUGAAGGACGAGAAGCUCCAUGACUACCUAGCCCACCACCAUAUUGCAUGGCAAUUCAACUUAAGCAGGGCCCCUUGGUGGGGCGGCCAAUUCGAGAGGAUGAUAGGACUUGUAAAGCAGGCCUUGUACAAGUCUAUAGGGGGAGCCCACCUUACAUGGGGUGAGCUGGAAGAGGUGAUCCUGGACGUUGAAGUCACUCUCAACAACCGCCCCCUGACUUAUGUAGAAGACGAUAUCCAACUACCCAUGCUGACACCCAACAAAAUGAUGUUCGGUCAACCCAACCUGCUGCCCGAAGAUGAUGUUGAUUCGAUGGAGGACGGGGAUCUGAGGAAACGUGCAAGACAUAUUCGGCGCUGUAAGGACGUGCUAUGGUCCCGAUGGACAGGGGAGUAUAUCAAGAGCCUGCGAGAGAGGCACAAUCUCAACCACAAGAAGGGAGGACCGCCUAUCAAGGAAGGUGAUGUCGUGUUAAUCCAAAAUGACGAGCGUAACAGAGGAAAGUGGAACCUCGGGAUCGUGGUGAAGCUAAUGAAAGGUAGAGACGGAGUCGUCAGAGCAGCAAGACUGAGAGCAGGCAAAUCCUAUCUGGAGCGGGCGAUCCAACAGUUGUGCCCCAUGGAGUUGUCCUGUGACAGGACCCAAAAACCUCAAGAUCCAGUUCUUAACCCUACAGCUCGGGUGUUUACACCCAGGAGAGCGGCUGUGGCUGCUACAGAGCGCAUAAGGGCUAUUGCUGAUCAAGAAGAACACUAA